CUUUUUUAUGCCUUUAUAUUUUCUCAUACAAACCUUCGUUUUUUCUCUCUCUGUGGAAACUCUCCCAAAAAACAGCUUCUCUCUUCUCCACCGAUCACUUUCUCGAAUUUUCCAGGCCCCCUUUUCCUCCGGCUAACGCCCUGAAACUCUCUCCGCAUCGGCUCCGAUUACGAUCCGAUCUGUCGCCUUCUCUCUUUCUUGGAAUCGAUCUUUGUUCUUCUUACUGUGUUUCUGCCCUUGAGCUUUGGGUUUUAAACUUGGGUGUAGAUGCCAGUUGCGAAACUCAAGACCUCUAACUAUCCAGAUGUGAUGAAAUCGGAGGAGGGAAAUGAUUCUCUAGACACUAUUAUUAGACAAGCAAUAGGAAAAGAGCCUUUUCUUUCUUUCUCGAGAGCUGGUGAGAGCCCAGUCCAGUGGAUUCAACUUCUUCAUGCGCUAGAUCAACAAGAACUUCCAGGUUGGCCAUUGCUCUCUCCUUUAAAGGUUCAAAUGCAAAAGUGUGAGAAGUGUGCACGGGAAUUCUGCUCGGUUAUCAACUAUAGAAGACAUAUACGAGUGCAUCAUAGGCUGAAAAAGCUAGAUAAGGAUUCUGCCAAAAGUAGGGAUCUACUAGCAGCAUUUUGGGACAAGCUGUCUUGGGAAGAGGCGAAGGAGGUUGUAUCAUUCAAGAACGUCCUAUUCGAGGGAAUACAAGGAUCGGCUAUAAUCAAGAACCUAACGGCUCUUAUUGGAAAACCUGGAUUCUCUGCCCUACCACAUGUUUAUUUGAGGGCAGGUUCUGCGCUUUUGGACAUUGUACAAGGUAGACCAUCUAGGUUUCCGAUGACAUCUCAGGAGUUAUUUGAAAUUCUUGACAAUGCAAGCGAAAAAACGUUUCUAUGUGGAACGGCUGUCUCUAUGCAAAAAUACGUAUUUGAUGGGGAGGCUACAAAGAUAGGUCUUGAAACUAAGAACUUAGUUGCUUGCAUGAGCUUCUUGGUGGAACAGAAAGUGGUCAAAGCAUGGCUUGCUGACAAGGAUGCUGAAGCUUUGAGGUGCCAGAAGUUGCUGGUAGAGGAGGAAGAAGCUGCUCAAAGGAGACAAGCGGAGCUGUUGGAAAGAAAAAGGCAGAAAAAGCUAAGGCAGAAAGAACAAAGGUCUAAGGAGCAAAAACACGAGGAGAAGGGUGAUAUGGAAGGGAGUGUAGACGAAACAAUUGAAGAUGUGUCACCUGAAGAAUCAUCGAGCCCUCAGACUGAGUACCAUUCAGAAGGGGAGUCUCGGGGCAUACUGCCUGAUCAUAUUCCGUCAUCUUUUGAAGCAUCUCAACAAUCACUAACUGAUGAAGAUGAGGAUUCUGAGUCUCAUUCUGGGUUUCGCAGUUUGUACCCUGAAUAUCUUCCUAUUGAUCAGAAUGGUGAACAGCAGAAAGUGCAAAUGAAUGGUCACAAGCAUGUCAUUGCCCAAUGGCAGGCGUUGCCUAAGAUACAAAGGGGACUUUCCAAUGGUUUUCGUGCAGAUCAGAAUUAUCAGGGACUCAAAAAUGGAGAUAUGCGCAGGCAUGGAAACCAUGUGCAAUCAAGAGCUGCUCCCAUUGUUAAUGGAAAAAAAGUAUGGAGCCGGAAGCCUAAGCCAGAAAGGGAUGGAGAUCGUUUUCAUGCCAGGAUUCAGGAAGAGCCUACGGCCCAGGCAGAGGAAAUUAAGAGCCAUGAGGUUUUGAUUGGUUCUAUUUCAGUGGCGUUAGGAAAUUGCAACCAAGAGAGUAAAGAGCCAGCUGGAGCUCAAGAUGAUUGCCAGGAUGGUCAUCAAACGCCAAGGAAGAUUAAUCAUUUGGAGAAAUUCAUUAAGCCAGAUUCUACUCAAACUGCAACAAACCGAGUGAUGGUUAAGCUUUGGAGGCCAGUAAGUCGUAAUGGAUCCAAACAUGCAAUGCCAGAUCAAAGUGAAAAUGGCGAAUCUGAAGCCGAAGUGAUAACUGAAAAGCUGGAAGAUCAGGCCCUGCUGAAUACAUAUUCGCCAAGAUCCUCUUCCUUGGAUGGUGAUACUGGAGACUUUGGAAACAACUCCUCUUUGGUUCAGGAAGAAGAACCUGUGCAACCAGUUGGCUUGGAGUUCUCUAGCCGUGCUGCCAAGGCUUUCCUUGCACAGAGAUGGAAGGAGGCUAUAACAGCCGAGCAUGUUAAAUUGAAUCUACCCUCGGAUUCUGAGUCUUCUGGAUGCUUUGAAGUUAAAAAUGAGACUGAAACCUCCUCUGGAUUAUUCCAAUCGUCAAACAUUGAGAAACGCAAUGUUCUUGGAAAUGCAAUAGUGAUCAACUUGGAGGCUCCCAAGUGCUCAGCCAAUGAAGGCGGCAAGACCAAGUUCAGGACAAAGGGUGCGAAGAUAAAGUACAUUCCCAAACUUCGAACUACUACCUAAUAGUGGAGACAGGAUGAUGGGAUCUAACCCACGAGUUGUUUUUUACAUUCUUUGCAGAGCCAAUUUUACCAAUGGUCUUCUGUCUUGGAAGUUUAAUAUUUUCUCUCUUUUCCUUUUUCCUUUUCCGGGAAAUCUUUUAUGAUUCUGUCCUUCGUGUCAGCAGAUUUGUUAGCGAGGAAAAUUCCUUAUUUUUGGUAUAAUUUCUAGAUUUUCCUGUAAUAUUUUUGUUAUUAGUUAUGGAAAAGGUGCAUCUAUAUUUUGCCUUGCC